CCUACUGACUAUGCCCCGGAGUCCCACGUCCAGUGAGGAUGAGAUGGCCCAGAGUUGUUCUGACUACUCCGUGGACUCCGCCUCUGACAGCUCCCAUGAGGAGACCAUCUACGAGACCAUAAGAGCCACCGCUGAGCCGACCCCAAGACGCAUGGACGACAUACACACUCACUCCCUGGUUGUCCGCGUCCUCAUCCCCGACCUGCAGCAGACAAAAUGUAUGCGGUUCAACCCUAACGCGACUGUGUGGGUUGCCAAGCAGAGGAUCCUGUGCACGUUGAGCCAGAGUCUGAAGGAUGUGCUGAACUAUGGCCUCUUCCAGCCCGCCAUGAACGGACGUGAUGGGAAGUUCCUGGAUGAGGAACGCCUCCUCCUGGAAUACCCACAGCCAAUCAGCAAAGGAGUUCCAGCUCUGGAG